UCCGCCGGCGGCUCGUUCAUGGCUGGCAGGCCCGUGGAGCUGGAAGCUGUGCGCCACUGGAACCGCGUGGAGCCGGGGCCGGGGGCGGGGCCGGGGCGGGGCUCGGCGGCGCCCCGGAAGCAGUUGUCUGCAGGCCCGGGAAUGCGCGGCGGGGUGAUGGCCGCGGCGGCGCGGUGGCUGGGGCCGCUGCAGCGCGCGGCGGGUGCAGGGCAGGCCCCAGCCCGCGCGUGCAGCAGGAGCGUCCUUGGGGUUCGCCCGCGCGCAGGAUUGGCCUGGAGGCCAAGCAGGUGUGGCAGUUCAGCAGCAGAAGCACCUGCCACAAAAGCGGAAGACGACUCCUUUCUCCAGUGGUUCUUGCUUCUCAUUCCCGUGACUGCCUUUGGCCUGGGGACAUGGCAGGUCCAGCGUCGGAAGUGGAAGCUGAAGCUGAUUGCAGAGCUGGAGUCCAGAGUUAUGGCCGAGCCUGUCCCUCUGCCAGCAGACCCAAUGGAACUGAAAAGUCUGGAGUACAGGCCGGUGAAAGUCAGGGGGCACUUUGACCACUCCAAAGAGCUGUACAUGAUGCCACGGACCAUGGUGGACCCGGUCCGGGAGGCCCAGGAGGCCGGCCGGCUCUCCUCCUCCGUCCAGAGCGGUGCCUAUGUUGUCACUCCUUUCCACUGCACUGACCUGGGGGUCACCAUCCUGGUAAAUAGAGGGUUUGUCCCUAGGAAGAAAGUGAAUCCUGACACACGGCAGAAGGGCCAGAUUGAGGGAGAAGUGGACCUGGUCGGGAUGGUGCGGUUGGCAGAGACCAGGAAGCCUUUUGUCCCUGAGAACAAUCCAGAAAGGAACCACUGGCAUUACCGGGACCUGGAGGCCAUGGCCAAGCUCACGGGUGCAGACCCCAUUUUCAUCGACGCGGACUUCAAAAGCACCGUCCCUGGAGGACCCAUUGGAGGGCAAACCAGAGUGACCCUGAGGAACGAGCACCUGCAGUACAUCGUCACCUGGUAUGGACUCUGUGCAGCCACAUCAUACCUGUGGUUUAAGAAAUUCGUACGUCGGACUCCUGGCCUGUGACAAGAUUAGCUGACGAUGGAGCCCUGUCCCAGGAAGUCACUGAGGAAACAUUUCAAGAG